AUGCCGGGUGCCGUCCCCCCGAGGGGGCUUCGGACAGGGUCUGGGGGAUCACCUGGAUACGCACUUGGAUACCUGGAGCAUUGCUCAGAGGAGGUGCCGAGGGACAAACCUUUGUGCCAGGUAGCGGCAGCCAAACAGGGGCUGAAACUGAAGGGGAGAACACAUUUAUUUGCCCUUGUUGAAGUGAGGCGAGCACCUGAGUGUGGCGGAAAUGCAGGAGAACGCGAAAGCAUCGGGGCAGAGCAGCCGCUGGAGGUGCCCGAGCCGUCUCCCCCUUGCCCGCAGGGCCGGAGUUGCCCACCGCCGGCAGCUGACAGGUCCGUGCUGGAGAGUGGGAGAAGGGUCCCUGCUGGCUGCCGUGUCCUGGGUGGGCACAGAGCUCUGACCUUGGCCAGAUGGGCUGUUCGGUUUCUUUCUCACAGGUUUCCGGGUGUUUUGAUCCUGACGUCGCCAAAGCCUCAGGCUUCUCUCCCUGGGCCCUUGCCGUUGCCGUAUCUCUUGGAUGCCGUGCAGAACGGAAUCAGGCAGCCAAGCCUCAGGUUCACCUUCUCCCUCACCCUCUGCGCUGCUCGUGUGGCACAGCAGAUCCUGAAGCCAGAGGAGCACGUGUACAUAAGGGUAAAGAGAUUCCUUCUGUCACACCGGUAUUUGGACCUGAGGAAGGUACCAGGUUUUCUCCAGCUUUUCUACAGUUUUGAUUUUGAGUACAAAACAGCACGAGUGGAUCCUCAGAUUUCUUGGGGAAGGGCUGCGUGACAAACAUUGCUGUGAGCUCUAUGUCUACCAGAGGAUUUUCCGGGUCAUUCUUUCCUUUCUCAGCAGUCCUUUGUGUGACCAGGGCUCCCAGAGUCCUAUUCUGGAGAUACGACAGAGUGCUGCCCGUGUCACCUCUAGAGCUGCCCAUGAGCGCUGAUAGAGGAUCACAGCCUCCUCUCGUGGGUCCUGCACGGCUUAGAGAAAAGGUAACCAGCCAAGUACGGGAGACAUGGGGACAAUUUCCUGUCCACGGCUGAAGAAUGACGUGGCUGAGGAUGAAAGCAAGGGGGACAGACCUGGAGACGGGGACACCGAGGGCUGCACUGGCAGAACUUGCUGAACGCUGAGGUGUCCCUUGUGUUUUUGAGAAGAGAAUCAAGAGGCUUUCAGGUGGUGGUGGGAGGGACGAUGGUGGGGGGCUGUGUGAUUUGGGAAUCACUUCCUUGACAAAGCAAAAGGACACCUUGUGCUGGUGUCUUUAGCUUUGAAAUUUCAAGCAGCCUCAGUUCCCAUCCUGUCACAGGACCUGCUGCACAGGAAGUGGCACAGUAAUGGAUUUGAGCUGUCUAGAACGUUACUUCUCCUCCCCUUGCCUCUCCCUGACAAAAAAAAUCUCUUCUGCAAGCACAGAGUGCCCUGACAGGUUCAGGCAAGUGCACCAAAAGUGCCCUAGAAUAUGGUCCCCCGUAGGAGAUGGACCAGCUGCUGGUGAGGAUCUGCCUUUCAAAUGUGGUUUUCUUUUCUUUUUUUCCUUUUUGUUCUGUU